AUGAAUAACCAGUUCAUGAAUGUUCCUAUUAAGAAGGCUGUUUACGCGUCAAGUGUGGUGCAAACGGGGGGAGAGAAUCCGCAGGCCGGCACUGAGUGCUCCAACAAUCAGGGUGCCAACAACCAACAUGCGAAUAGUCAACAUGGGAAUGGCCAACAUGCGAAUAGUCAACAUGCAAAUAACCAGUAUGCGAAUAACCAACACGCAAACAACCAGUACGCGAAUAAUCAACACCCAAAUAACCAGUACACGAAUAGCCAACACGGGCACAACCAAUUUGGACACAACCACUUCGCCAACGCGCCGCAUCCCAACGCGCCGCACCCCAACGCCCCCAACCUGAAUUACAACUUCCCAUACCCAAACAUGCACAACUACCAGCACCAAUACCCCAUGGGCCCGCCCCAGCAGCAAAUGCACAUGUUCACGAAUGACUGGAAGAGCAUCCUGGCCCCUUUAAAAAGUUGCAGAAUCAAGCAACAAUUUGAUGACAGAGAAUUUCUAGCUGAUUUUGCCAUGGGAAUGAAAUUAGACUUUAACAAUAGGUACUUAGUGCUAGAUGCAGCCACCGAACUGCUUAAAUUCACAGCCAUCGAAAGUUCAGAUUGUUUCAAUAGGAACUGUUUGCCUAAAAUGUGUAUUCCCAUAAAUAUGAAAAUAUUGACCUAUGGAAAGGAAUUAAGUCGGCCUGACAUUAUAGUCGAGAAAGACUGUUCUUGUACCAUUUUGUGCUUAAAUAGGCCAACGAUUAGAAUGUAUGAAUUUUCAAACAAUAAUAACAAGGAGUUAAUAGGGACGAUAAAAUCUCCCUUCAGUUGCUGCUCAUACAAAUUUGAUUUAUAUGAUUCUGCCAAGAGGAAGAUUAUAUACAUGGAUGACACCUGUUGCCAGCUUAGUAUUUUAUGUCCCUGUCCAUUUGGUCCUUUUAAAUUUAGCAAUUUUUUCCUGCGAGAUGCAAAAACAAAACAGAAGGUGGCCCAUUUGCAGAAGGAAGUUCCCUUCUUGAAAUUUGUAAAACGGGACAUGGACAACUAUACGCUCAACUUCGAAGAGGUGCAGAACCCCGAGUGGAAGAUGAUGCUCUUGGCCUUUUCGCUUUUUAUGGACUAUAUUUACUACGACAAGAAGUGA